CUCUGGUUCGACGAUCAGUAGAGCCGGCGUGAGGGCAUCACUGCUAAUCAUAGACGCACCAAUCGCCAAAUACCUGGCGAUUCACAGGCACGCUGCGGAAGAGCUGGUGAUACUUGUGACGCAGCUUCGUCGCGCCGGGAGCAUCGGCUCUUUGCUCGACGCCUAUGGCACUUUCUGCUCCUUAGACCAUCGGGACGUUCGCGGUCGGUCAUUAAUUCGGACCGCGCACCAGAGAACCAGAAUACGGGUUGCCCACCAGGGCAUCGAAGUCGGCCGAGCGUUUUGGGUCGAGCUGCCGAUACAGCAAGAGCUGGAGCUUUCCUCGCGACGGGUCAGUACCUCCCGGCAGGCUCCGUCGGAAUGCCUUGCUGCAGCUCAUCUCGUUCUUGCACUGCUCCAGUCGAUCGACCGGCUGCGCUUGCUGCGUGCUCAGUGGCGCACGAGUCCUCUUAUUCUGUCCUUCCCAGACUUGGGGUCAUUGAAGACGGCGGAAAGAGAGCCAAUGCUCUAAAUUGCUACCCGCCUGCUCCAUCUGGCCAUGCGGCUCUGUCACGCUUGGAAGCAGCAGGCUUCGACAUCAAAGUGGGCAGAGCAGACUUACUCAAAGCGUGUUGUCGCAGUAGGACUCUGCUCAACUAGGCGCAGCUCGAAAAGCCCUUGAAGGGGGUGAUUUGCGAAGAAGCUGAAAGCGAAAGGAAGCGGGUGGUAUAGCUGACUCUCUCCGAAGAGGGGCGAGCGGGCAAAGAGGGGCAGCAAGGCAGAAUGACAGGGCCGAGAUGGAUAUUCGAGCUUCAGUGAGUGCUAGCUGCAAGCGACGCGGGCAGGAUGGAGCAGAAAGCCUACCCAAAAAAUUGGUGGGUUUGGUGAUGGUCAGCACACGGGUCAGUCCACAAAGUUGAAGUCGGAUCGUACCUUGCCCGAAGUCGGAUCGUACCUUGCCCAGCCCUUUGUUCGCAGUGUCUCGUUGCAACAUCUGGACCCCUUCCAAGCCGCACGCAGCGCUGGAGGCCUUUUGCUGCCGUUGCAAAGCACAAGUCGGAUUCGAAGGAGCUGGAUUAGAGCAAAGACAUUCACAUUUUUAUCAGUCUCGCCGGACUUGCCGGAGUACGCAUUUUGCUCACUCACGGCACUGCAGCUGAGAAGCCGCCCGUUUAAGACGGUGUAGCAUCUUCCUUCUAUCGCUUUGGCUUUGAUGCAGCAACGUGGAGAAUACACAUGCGAUCAGAGCACUCUCUUCUCGUGGUGAAAUACCGCUCGUUAUGCUUUUCGUGCUGGUCAACGCCAGAAUCGACAUUCAUGCCUCGGAUUGUGACUUGCUGGGUCGCGCUGGUCGGUGGACGGACGUAUUACGGCGGGCAGCAAAUCUAGUCUGCUCUUGCUCAGAUCGCGCGAAGCGUCUCCUGAAGGCGGAGAACGAUGCGAAUGUGCAUCAACUCAUCUGUCAACAGCAGAGACACCAGCCUUCUGGCCUACCUGGUCCUAGCGCGUUGAGAGUGUCGAAAGGUUACCAGCUCCAGCAAGGGUCUCAGAUUUCAGGGUCGUGAGCUUCGCUUGCGCUCGCCGCUCCUCUUCCA